AUGUUUCCUCACUCUGUGCGGGCCCUCCUGGACUGGGAGCACGAGCUCCUGGAGGGGCUGGACUUACGCAGUGGCCCCGACCUACCUUGUCAACUAGCAAAAUUCAGCACAAAAACGACAACAAAAGAAAAGGAAGAACUUACAGCAGAGGAAAGGAGGAAACUGGAAAGAAAAUUAAAAAAAGAGAGUAAGAAGAAGGAAAAACAGCUGAUGAGAGAAGCUGGAAUCUCUACUAAAAAGGUGGAGCCCAAAAAGCAGUCGGGAUCUGAGCUGGCUCUGGCCUAUUUAACCAGCUGGUCUGAAAACCCAGAAGAAUGGAAGUUUCAAAAAACAAGACAAACCUGGCUUCUCUUGCACAUGUAUGAUAAAGAGAAGGUUCCAGACAAGUAUUUCACUAUUUUACUGGAUUAUCUGCAAGGGCUUCAAGGUGGUGCACGAGACAUAACUGUGCAGAAAGCUGAAGCUUUUAUGAAGGAAUUUGAUGGUUCUGAUGCAGAAGAUCCAGACCUGUUGGAGAAGUCUGCAGUUCCAACUUUCCCUCCAGUGCUACCAAUUACUGGGCAAAGGACAUGGUCUUUGGCCUCUGCUUCUUGAAGUUAUGGAAAAUUCAGAAGCCAAAAACUAAGGUAAUUGUUGCUAUCAUUGUGUUUGGUAGAGAAAGCAGAGUAUGAUGUUUUCUGCCACAUGUCUUUUGGUGUAUGGUACUGGUCAGUGGUUACUGGUGUCCUGAAAUUGGGUGAAAGGCUUGUAAAACUUCUGCUUUGUAUUGUUUACUGUAUGUAUCUUGGGUUUCAAAGCUCAAUAUGAAAUAUUUUAAAUGUCUUAUACUUGAUGUUGUAGUGCAAAUAGGAAAGGGCUCUUAAUUGCAUUUUGCUCUUUUACUUAAAGAAUCUUCAACUGGUUGGCAAACAAUCAUCUUGAAAACACCCAUGAAACACAAAAUCAAACACAUUUUUAGGAGACGUGUAUUGCUAGGUCCAUUUUAAAGACAAGAGGACCCAUACAGCUUAUCCAACAGUGUGCAAAUGCAGUAACAUCUCUGGCCAUCAAAUUCUCUUUUCCAUAUGCUAGCCACCAGGUCAGCUUCUGCUUCCUGCUCAGCAUGGCAUUUUAAGCUAGGGAUGUACGUUGUUUGAUGAAUAAAUCUAGCAAGAUUUCCUCCAUCAUGUAUUUUAAAUUAUGUAUUUUAAAUUAUUAAGUUAUUGAAUUCCUGUAGCUGGCAAAGCUGUACAGGAAGAUAUUAUCUGGCACUUCAUUCACUUUGUUUUGUCAUUUGGUCACACAGAAUUUUCAAAUCUCAUCAUCACUUGUACCGUAGGCAAUCAUAUGGAUACAGAUAGGACAAAAUUGUGUCUCUGCCUCCACUUAAAUUGGUCUAGUGUGCUAAUAAAAAUUGCAUCCAAGGCUAGAAGUAACAGUGUGUACAGACUGACAAAUUACAUCUUCAUCUGCCUACUCUAAUUGUCUUCUAGUUGAGUUAAUCUGUAUUGUGUAGCUCUGGCUAGAAGAAUUUGUAUCCUGAGAGAAUGCUGAAGUCAGGACUUCUAGGCAAAAUACAGGAACAUUAAUUACUUAGAAUUGCUUAAAGCUGGAACUGUGCCUCUAAUGGAAGUACUAAUUACUCAAAAUCUGACAAUGUAGAAAGUUCCCUUUAAUUUGGCUGAUACUUGCUAUGGAUUCUGUAUCUUCUUGGUUCUCUGCUGUCUGCCCACAAUUUUAAUUUGUUAUCACCAUUGUAAAAGUACUGGGUAAAUGAAUUCCCUGUUCUUAUUUGGAAAGGUUGUGCCGUAGUUGUGGGAUGUGUAGUUUGUUUCCUUAUUUCCUCUCAUUGGAGAAUAGCUCUGCUGUGUUUCUACUGAUUUUAAAGCAAGGUGUCUCUUGACUCAUCAUUUCAGAUAGCUUAGAAAUUCACUUCUUUGGUUUGAGCUUGGGGAUUUUUUUGUUUGUUUUUUAAACUUUUGUCACUGAAUAAGGCAAAGUAAUGAACAUUAAAAUCUUUGCACAUUUCUGCAAAUCAGUGUCAGAAAAAAACAAUUAUAAAAGAGAUUUAAGUUGCAAAGUCAAAUGCUCAGAAAAUUAGAAAACAUAAGAAUGGAAAUUGCCUGUGUAAUUUCAAUUUUACUCUUUCACGCAUAUGUAGUAUGAUGCAACCUCUAAUUAUGUCAUCGCUGCUGUACUUUACAUUGUGUAUAACUGAUAAGUCAUUUUUUCAGUGUUUUCUUUGCAGUUCUGCUGCUAUUUUAAUUUUCAAAAUUUAGGUCUACAAAGUAGUACUAAAGCUAGAGAAAUAGCUUUGUUGUGUGGAUUUGAUCCUGCAGAGAAGAAAUAAGUAGGAACUUUCCUAUUCAUUUGGUGUAGGAACUAGUCAUAGAUGUUUCAUCACAAAUGUUCCCUUUAAAACAUGUUUUAAUGUUCUGAUUCAUUUACAGUCAAAAUACUGAAUUGAUGUUACUUAAUUUAAAUCCAGUUUUGUUGACAUAAA